AAAAAUUAAACAUUGUUGCACAUGUUUGGCUUACAAUUGAAAGCUUUACAAGUUCAUCCAGAUGUUAGUUUUUAACAAAAAGAGCCGCCAGUUUCAGGCACUUAUUCCAAGUUGCAUAAAAAGCGAAUCAAACGCGCUCCUGCCUUAGCGACUAGUUGAGUAAAACUGCUAGAGCCGAUAGAGCGCCAGUCGGAGCCCUCAUUUCCCAUUCAUUCAGCGUCCCCUCACACGAAAUCGGCGCCCCCAUUGGUCGAGGCGCUGCGAUUUUGCCGAUCGCGACCAAUCAGAGCACGAGCUGCUUCGCAGCGUCCCAAUGGGACGCUCUCGGCACAGCAUGGGUGUACGUUUCCCAAUUGAGCUCGUUAAAUAUAAAUUGACUAAAAUGAUAAUGUCAGAAGUCAGUGUAAGAGUAACAGCUCGGCUAAAUUGUCUGAUUAAAAAAAAUUGUUUUGAUUGUGUUAAUUGAUAAUGGAAGGUGGCCCGUUCGACGAUCAGAACUUUAACGAUUACAACAAUCAACCGUUGCCCAGCUUGAGUUCGACGCUGUUGAGCAAAAACACCGACGUGCAUUCGAUCCAGAUGGAAAACUUCUUGCAGGUGAUGCUCGGCCUUCAGCAACAGCAUGAGAUGUUCGGUAACAUGGGCAGUCCAUUAGAGUACGACAAAGCGCCGCCUCAGAAAAUGGACGGUUCUCCAAUGAACCAUCAGGAUCUCUCCAUUGCCUAUCAGGCCAACAUGGAGCCGAUUGGCAGCACCAAUGGCGUGCCUCAACAGCGCAAAAAGGAGGACGUGGUGCUGCUGCAGUCGCAGAACUUGAAUUCGACGGAAAUCGGCAAUGCUUCUUCGACCACCAGCAAGAAGAACGAGAAGAAAAAGGGCGAAAACAAUGGGGUCAAGAAGAAGAAAACAAGAACGACGUUCACAGCAUUCCAGCUGGAGGAACUGGAGCGGGCUUUUGAAAGAGCCCCCUACCCGGACGUGUUUGCACGUGAGGAGUUGGCCUUGAAGCUCAAUCUGAGCGAAUCCAGAGUGCAGGUGUGGUUCCAGAACCGCAGAGCCAAAUGGCGAAAGCGCGAGCCUCCCAGGAAAACCGGCUACAUCAGUUCAACCACUCCGAACGCCUCCCUCAACAACAACUUCAACCAGACGAUUCCAUUCACUCAGGCGCAGCCGACGGCGCCGGUAGAUUCGUGGACUUAUGGACAGUCCACCUACGAGCUGGGUGGGCACUUGAACCUCCUAAACUCCGCCGCUGGAUCCUACUCGGGUUUCGGAUCGCCCACCUCAGGUUACACGACGUUUGGUACCAGCCAGAACUCCUACUCGUACAUGUUGAACUCGCAUGAUACUCAGCUGUUCAGUGCGCCGAUGCGCGCCCACGAGUACUCUACGCCGCCGACCAAUCAGAGCCCUCCGCUUGGUCGGGAGUACUCGAUGCUGCAAUCCCAUUCGCCCGCGACCGACGAGAGCUCGAUAGGGGUGAAAAUCGAGUACGUGGACCCGAACUUGAGCCAGUCGCCCGAACGAUACGCCAAUGGAUCUCCGAAGUACGACCAGACUUAUGAGGAUGGUCGAUUAAAGGAACUUAAGUCGGAUGGCAAUGGGAACCAAACCUACGUCACAUUGCCCCCUUUUCUCAACUAGCCACACUAGUGAAUAGGUUUUAUUUGUAGGCGUUUACGCAUCUAAACACUUAAGUUUUGUACAUUUACUUGUGCUAGGCCGGGCAUUAUAAAUAUCAAAAUUAGGUACUUUGUAUGGUGUAUAAUAAUUUUUUCAAGAGAAUGUGCCACUGAAUUGAUGUGCCAUAUUUUUGUACAGUCAUAGGUAUAGGUGUAGAUUUACGGGAAAUUUGUACAUUUUUGAACACUACCGAACGCAUUGGUGCCUUAUUUGUACAAACUUAGACGAAUUUUAGGUCAUAUAUAUAUAUUUUGGUAA